GGAAAAGACUGAUAUGAAACAGCGCAGAUUAAUACCUUACACUUAACGAUCGGGAUGACAGGAGCACGCUGUGACUCCAGUAAGACUCCUAGAUUUACUAAAGACUUUCAGUUUUUAUUCUGGGACUGGGGAAACCGUCUGGUGUAAGCCCAGCAUAACCCUGCUACUUAACAGACCCCAAAGGCAGCUGCAGCUUCAAUCAAAGACAAGUGAAAUCAGCUGGUGCAGUGUUUGGUCAAAAUGGAAACCUGCAGAGUCAAGUCCUGAACUCAAGUCGAAAGCAUUCAGCAAAGGACUUAUAACCAGAGCUGCUCAUGUCAGGUCCACAUCUGCUCUCAGUGAGGUUGUGAUCACACUUCAGGCUCCUCUGAUUCUCCAGCAAACAAGAUGCAGAACAGGACUGAGAAGUUGGGAGCUCAGCUGCCUCUCUUUGUUCCAGCCAGCAGCUCUCAGCGAGGUCUGUUCAGGAAGAGCACCACAUACCUGGCUAAGAUCGCUGUCGUCCUGCAGGACGCUCCCGGCAAGAUGCUCACCUUUACUCAGCUGAUGGACAGACUGGCACCGUUCAUCUCUGAAGACAGAAAAUCUGUUGAGAACAACAUCAGAGUUUGUUUAUCCACCAACAAGUGUUUUGUGAAGAUCCCGGUGGUCCCAGAUUCACUGGACAGUAAGAGGAACUACUGGAAACUGGACCCCAGUCAGAUCACAGCAAAGAUGGUGCGUCGUCACUUCAAAGGAAUCCUGCAGCUCUUCCCUGAGCUGGCCUCCAAAGUGGAGACGGAGAACAGCAGCAGAGCAUCGGAGCACUGCUCAGCUCUGCACUUUCCAGAAGCUGCAGCCUGCAGAGCCGUCCACAUCACGUGUGAGGUGAAGUUCAGCAGUCCUUUCUCCAUCGAGUCCCUCCUGAAGAGAGACAGUCCCUCUGCUCGGGCCUCCAGAGCUUCUCCUCUGUCCAGUGUGCCGGUCAGAGCGGAGCAGCAGCCUGGCUCCACACACACACGAGUUGGGACAAAGAGGAGCUUCAGCCGGGACCCUGAGGAGCCUCUCCUCCUUCAGGCUCCAGCUGGAAGUUCCUCCAUCUGCUCGACAGGGGGCAGCACACACCAUGGACUCACUGCUAGCAGAGCUGCUCAGUCCAUCAAGAGGAUACCAGCGUGCACUGAGUCCUCGUUCCCUGUCUACAGCAGAGCUGCUGCUUAUUACACCAGCACACACAGCAGUUACAUCACAUACUCUGUUCCUACGUUUACCCAUGAUGCUCUCCGCUUUCGUUUGUAAAAGUACUUCAGAAUUUCACUUUUAUAUAUGUUAUAUGUUUUUGAGUGGGCCGCACACUUCAGAGAGAUUUUUCUCAGACACACACUUUAAAACCACACAAGCCCCACAAAUGGUCUCAUGUGUGUCGAAUUGUGUUAUAUUUCUUAUCUGUGGCUGUAUUUCGUUGGCAGUCAAAACCUCCUGAAGCCCUACUUGAUUAGCUUUGUGUAAUAUGUUUACUGAGAUAUUUUAUAUAUUUUUUUUACACUGGCUCUUUUGUGUUUGAGGUCAGCGUCUGACCACAAGAGGACAGCAUAGUAUUUCAAA